GGGAAGAUUAAAUGAGAUACUGCAUGUGUGGUACUUUAUUUGUGGGAAAGAGAUGCCCUGUACUAUGGAUCAGAGUAUUCCAGUAAGAAGACAUUAUUUUGAUAAUAGGAAGAGCUGUUUAGUUUGCAGAUAUCAACUGUGGCCUUAAUGAGCACAUUGAUAGCAUCCAGACAGACAGUCCUAUUACUGCUGGAUUGUGCAAGAUAUUUAACCCUGUUUUCUUUGAGGUAUGACUUAAAUAUUAAACAUCUUACAUAAUAAAGGGAAUAUUUUAGUUUUGGAAGUCAGAAUGCCAAGGAGAAAGAAAAAUCUUGGGGGAAAUCCUUUUCGGAAGACUGCAAACGUUAAGGAAGUUGUCGUAUCCAGUGUUGCUAGUCAUGAGGAGCCAACUACUCUUCCUUCCAUGUGUGAAACAAAAGUUGAUCAGGAAGAACUCUUCAUCAAUAUCUCAGAGAUGUUUUCUGAACUGGAUCCUGAUGUAGUGUAUUUGAUGCUUUCUGAAUGUGAUUUCAAAGUUGAUAAUGCCAUGGAUUGUCUAUUAGAAUUAUCUGCCACUGAUACCAAGAUAGAAGAAUCGUCUUCAAAAAGCAUCAUUGCUUCUGAGAACCGAGUAAGUGCAGCAGUAAAUGAAAUAAUGGAAAAGUGUGCGCCGGAAGAAGAGAGUGAAGAUUCAAAAAUGGAUUCAUUCUUGGACAUGCAGUUAACUGAAGACUUGGAUUCCUUAAUACAGAAUGCUUUUGAGAAAUUGAACUCUUCUCCUGAUGACCAAGGAUGCUCAUUUUUGCCUUUGCAAGAUGUUAAUAGUUUUAGUGACCCGAGUGCGUUCAUAAAUUCAGAUUCAAGUGGUAUGACUUCCAUUCUUUCUACACAAAAUAUGGAUUUGAACAAUGAAAAUUUAGAGACUUCUACCUCUACUUUAAGUUCAAACCCCUUAACUUCACAGUCAGUUUCAAAUGAGCCCGGAAGUUUUAUAAAGGAUGACACAUUGGAAGAUUCUCUUCUCAAUAGUUCUUUAAAUGUAGCAGAUGACACUGCGGUGGGUUGUAGCAGUCUCAAUCAAAAAGAGAAUGAUCUUUUAGUGUCUGAGUGUGCUGAGACUCAGUUCUCUCAAGCCCCUGUAGAUUUGGAUGCCAGUGAACCUCAGGCUCCUUCAAACUGUACUGUGCAAAAUCCAGGGCUUGGUUUACUAGGUACAGGUGGGAAUCAGAAAUCUACUUCUAUCCCUGAUGUGUUUGUACCUUCAGAAGAGUUCAGUUUCAAGCCACACAAGCAUAAUGAAUUGCCACCAAAGGGGAAGGAUGUGAAUUACUGUCCAGUGCUUGCCCCUAUUCCUCUGUUGCUGCCUCCUCCACCUCCACCAAUAUGGAAUCCAAUGAUUCCUGCUUUUGACCUCUUUCAAGGAAACCAUGGCUUUGUAGCUCCCGUUGUUACGACAGCUGCACACUGGAGACCUGUCAACUAUACGUUUCCAUCCCCAGUUAUUUCUCACCCUUCCCCAACAGUGAUAUGGAGAAAUAAAGAGGGAACAAGUGCUUAUCAGGUGCAAGAAACUCCAGUUUCUCAGGUUGUAAGAAAGAAGACAUCUUAUGUUGGACUAGUUCUUGUUCUUCUCAGAGGACUUCCAGGAUCAGGAAAAUCUUUUUUGGCAAGGACUUUGCAAGAGGAUAAUCCGAGUGGAGUCAUUCUUAGUACUGAUGAUUAUUUUUACAUAAAUGGACAGUACCAGUUUGAUGUAAAGUACUUAGGAGAAGCACAUGAAUGGAACCAGAAUCGUGCAAAAGAAGCAUUUGAAAAGAAGAUAUCUCCUAUAAUAAUAGAUAAUACAAACCUACAGGCAUGGGAAAUGAAGCCAUAUGUUGCUUUGUCUCAAAAGCAUAAAUAUAAAGUCCUUUUCCGGGAACCAGACACAUGGUGGAAGUUCAAACCAAAGGAACUUGCGAGGCGUAAUAUUCAUGGGGUAAGCAAAGAAAAAAUAACAAGAAUGUUGGAACACUAUCAACGUUUUGUUUCAGUGCCAAUAAUCAUGAGUUCUUCAGUGCCAGAAAAAAUUGAACGUGUUGAGUUAUGUGCAUAUUCUUUUGAGGACCAAAGUUCUAGCCCAAAAGACAAUGAAGACAUUACCUCUGGAAAAGAAGAAAAUGUCUUAUCCUCAUCUCUGAAGCACAUAGAGUUAAUUGAAGAGAAGAAACUUGAAGUGACCAAAGAAGCUGUGUUACCUGAGAAUGUCACAUGUCUCUCUAGUGCAGAUUUAAACAAAGGAAGUGGUGUGAAUCCUAACAUUCAGAGUGCUUUAAUUCAGGAAGUUCCAGAAACAUAUUUUUCUGAUUCUGAAAGCAAAGUAGGAGUAACAGACACAAAUGAAAAAGAAGAGCAAGUAGAAAUGGCUUCUGAAGAAGAACAUAGUAAAACCGAUACAGAUGGUUUUGUAGAGAGAUUGUCACAAAGUAUUAGCUAUGGUGAAAAUAAUCAAGAAGACUGUGAUCUUUCAAAUACUGCAUCACUUCAGAAUGAAAAUUCUUCACCUGGUGAAAUAUUGGAAGAAAGAGCAGUGGUAAAGAAAAAAGCUUUUGGAAAACAAAAAAGCAAAUCAACUUUAGAAAAGUGUCCGAGACAUGAGCUGUCAAAUUUUGUUGGUGAUUGGCCAGUUGAUAAAACUAUUGGUCAGAGGACAAAAAGGAACCGAAAAACGGAAAAGGCUUCAUCUGUACAAAAUGACAAAAAGUAUAAUUGUCCUCCAUCACGCAAAGUAUUAGAUAAUGGUCUGUCUGUGAAUAUGGGUAAUACCCAGCAACCAGAAUGUCCACAUGAAAGUGUAGAGGAUGACAAGAAGUCACAAUGUGAUGAUGCUUCAGAAGCUUUUAGUAGCUGUCACUAUGAUGCUUACAAAAAUACUGAAAAAACCUCAUUCAACAUUGUGGGCGACUGGCCUUCAUCUGAUUCUUUAGCUCAGAGAGAGCACAGAUCAAGAACGCCAAAGGCUGUUUUAAAUGAACCCAGCCUAGAAUUUGGAACUAAUGACAUUAUGAGUGAAAUAUCCUCAUACACAGCACAUGAGGCCUGUUGGGGCACAAGCCCUGAAGAACUAAAAACGUUGGGUAGUGGUAUUCUAGGAAGUUCUGAAAUGCUAUCUAGUGAAAUGACCUGUGAGAAUAAGACUUGUCCAAAUAAAAUGAUUCAUGGGCAACACACGUUGUCUCUUACUUUUACCAAUAGUGCUCCAACUAUUGCUGGGGUAGUAGGAGCAGAGACUUCAGCUGAAUUUCCAGAGGGAAAGCCUAAAGAAGUCCCUGGAAUGGAAGUAGGCACAUGUACCCAGACUGAACCACAGGAUUUUGCUCUCUUAUGGAAAAUAGAAAAGAAUAAAAUUAGUGUUUCAGAUUCUGUGAGAGUAUUAACAGGAAGAUUAGAUGGAUUUAAACCAAAAGCUUUCAAUAUUAACACAAACUUAGAUGUUCAAGAAACAAUUCCCUAUCGGGUAAUGUAUGAUAAAAGCACGUUUGUUGAAGAAAGUGAGCUUACCAGUGCUGAUGAAUCUGAAAAUCUUAAUAUUCUUUGUAAACUAUUUGGAUCUUUUUCAUUAGAAGCCCUAAAAGACUUAUAUGAGAGGUGUAACAAAGAUAUUAUUUGGGCCACAAGCCUUUUGUUGGAUUCUGAAACUAAAUUAUGUGAGGAUACUGAAUUUGAGAGUACCCAAAAAUCAUAUGAUGAAACACAAAUUGGGCCAUUUUCUCUAGGAUUUAAUUUGAAGGAAAUUAUUAGCCAAAGAGGAACCUUGGAAGAUUCUAAUUCUGUGCCAGAAUUUAGCCAUGAGAUUGGUAUCACUAACACGAAUGCACAAUCUACCUGUGAUUCAGAAAAGGGACACUCAGAGCAGGCAGAAAUAAGAGUUACAACUACUGAAAAACCUGGAUUAAUAAGUCUAUUUCCUAAUGUCACCGUGGAUCUAAAGAAUACCAAUGAAGUACUUAAUAGUCAGGCAGAACUUCCAGUUGUACAUAAUAUUAACCAGUCUUUUUCAGGUACUGUAAAAGCUACUCCUGCUCAAGAUUGGAGUGAAAUGGAGAACACUCUAGAAGUUACAGACAUUGGAGACAGUAUGCAUUCUUUGAAUUUGUCUGAUAUUUUAAACUCUGUAUCGAGCACUUCAAAUCUCGAGUUAAAUGAAGACAUUUAUUUUUCUGACUCUUGUGAAAUAACAAAACACGAGAAUCUUCCAAAGGACUAUAUGAAGUUUCCUAACACAGAAGAAUAUAUGAAUGAAGAUGAACAGGAAAUGGAAAAAAUUCUAAUGGCAGGGAGUACUUUGCCAGCUGGAGUUAGUGAGGAAGAUAAAACUGAGAUGCUGAAUCCCACACCAGUGAUGACCAAAUCUCUUACCAUAGACUGUCUGGAAUUGGCAUUACCCCCUGAACUGGCUUUUCAGCUCAAUGAAUUAUUUGGCCCUGUUGGUAUUGAUUCAGGGUCUCUAACAGUUGAGGAUUGUGUGGUCCAUAUAGAUCUGAAUCUGGCUAAAGUGAUUCAUGAGAAAUGGAAAGAAUCUGUAAUGGAGCGACAAAGACAAGAAGAGGUAUCCUGUGGCAAGUUUAUGGGAGAUCCUUCCCUGGUUGGGCAUAUUGGUCUUGAUAAUACUGAACAAAAAUCAUCUCAAAGAACUGGCAAAAAAUUACUGAAGACUUUAGCAGCAUCUGAAAUGCUACCCUUAAUGGAUCAUUGGAAUACUCAAACUAAAAAAGUAUCACUCAGAGAAAUAAUGUCGGAAGAAAUUGCCUUACAGGAAAAACACGAUUUGAAAAGGGAAUCACUUAUGUUUGAAAAAGAUUGUGCCACUAAACUAAAGGAGAAGCAGCUCUUUAAGAUAUUUCCAGCCAUUAACCAAAAUUUUCUGGUGGACAUUUUCAAGGACCACAACUAUUCAUUAGAACACACAGUGCAAUUUUUAAACUGUGUUCUUGAAGGAGACCCUGUAAAAACAGUUGUAGCACCAGAGUUUGUUCACCAAAAUGAGAAUGCCACUUCUUACACUGCACAGAAGUCUAAGGAGAAAAAGGCAAAGAAAUCGAAGGAGACUGAAGAUACACCGAGUGAAUCACCCUUCCAGGAUUUUGAGUACCCCAAGUACGACGACUACAGGGCCGAGGCUUUCCUGCACCAGCAGAAGAGGAUGGAAUGCUACAGCAAGGCCAAAGAGGCUUAUCGCAUGGGGAAGAAAAACGUCGCCACAUUUUAUGCUCAGCAGGGUAGUCUCCAUGAGCAGAAGAUGAGGGAAGCUAAUCACCUUGCUGCGAUAGAGAUCUUUGAGAAAGUCAAUGCCUCCCUGCUGCCACAGAACGUUUUAGACCUCCAUGGACUGCACGUGGAUGAAGCUAUAGAACAUUUGAUGGCAGUUUUACAGCAGAAAACUGAAGAAUUUAAGCAGAAUGGUGGCAAGCCCUAUCUGUCUGUGAUUACGGGGAGAGGCAAUCACAGCCAGGGAGGAGUAGCUCGCAUCAAACCAGCUGUCAUUAAAUACCUCACAAGCCAUAGCUUCAGGUUCUCUGAAAUUAAACCAGGGUGCUUGAAGGUCAUGCUAAAGUAAAAUAAACGUCCUUGACUUAGAAGUGUGAAGGUUUGUAGGUUAAAAUUAGUUUUAUUUGCAGUAAUUUAGUCAAUUUUACUAUCAACAUGUGUUUUAUUAGAAAUAAUGUCCAGUUAUAAAACAAAAAUGUUAUGAUGUUUUUCAAAAUUCAAGAGAAGUUUAAUUUUUUAUUGAAUCAUAUGCCAAAUAUGCUAAAAAUAUUAGAGAUAAUUUUCUUAGAUAAAAUUAUCAGAUCCAGUUUUAAAGUUUGAAAGUGCACAGAUUUUUUCUAAAAGAGAAAUUAUCUUUCUAUUAAUUGUUGUUUGAUGUUUAGUGAAGACCUAAUAGUAUCGAUAGUAAUGAAAGAAAGGAGAACUAAUAAAACACUUGAAUGCUUUUUUAUUUCAAAACAAAAUUUUAAAAAAUCUUUUUAUUUUGCUAUGUCCUAUUGGAAGGAAGACAUGCUGUUGUGCUUUCUUCUGCUUUGUAUUUGUAUAUGAUUUUGAUCUCUUAACCUUCUGUUUCUUUUUUCUGCGUGUGGGCAUUUCCAGGAGGAAAGUUGGGGUCUGAGAUUAUAUUGCAGUUUUACACUUUCCAAAGGCAGAAAAAGUUUCAGAGAAGGAGAAGUGGUUAGAUAUCUACCAAAUGUUGCUAUCUUAUAGAACUGCUUCUAGAACCGUCUGUGUAAGUGGUAUUUAAGAUAGUUCUAAAGACCUGUCUUUUAUAUUUGAGGCUUGUAAUUUCUAGACUGCAAUAAGGUCAAAAUUCUAUUAACUUAAAAACAAAUACAGAAAACAGUUUUGAUGUAAUUAUAAAAAGAAUCACUACAGUUUAAAAGUUUUUAACUUUUAUUUUUAAAAAGAGCCAGCUUCGUGGAAGAAAACCUUCAUUGGCUUCUCUUUAUUGGUCAGCUAAAAAGUCCUGUUAGUAUGUUAAAGUAUGUCGAUUGAAAUUUCCUUUAUACAAGUUUAAUGUGAUAAAGUUUAAUUUUCCAGUAUGAGACAGUGGUUUAAAUAAAUUUGACUUUGGAUAUGGAGAAUACUUUCAACAUAUAAUUUUAACAAUUGUGUUGCUGUUUCAUAAGCUUAAAAAAUCAUUUGGAUCAGGAAUUAUAGGAUUGAGCUGUUACUGAAAGAACCCUGAAUUAUAGAAUGGUUUCCAAAAAUAACAGACAUUUUAAUGAAAAUAGAACUCAAAAACACACUUUUAUAUAUUAUGAAAGCAUGCUUUUAAAAGAAGAGCUGUGUUGUUGAAUUUAUGUCCACAAAAAUAAAAAUGUUUAUUAUUUAGAAAUGGUUAGUGACUGAUAAUUGAAGUAUUCAUAUCCUAUGUUUGUAAUAAUUCGUUAAAAAAAGAAAAAAUGCCAGAAGUUUAGCAUAUGUUUUUAGUAAUGUCUAGAAGAGUUGUACACAUUAGAAAUAAAACAGUUCGUUUCAACUACUUAUAAAAUUACAAUUGUUAAUGAUAUAAAGUAUCUUUAUGUAUAAAUUAAUAUGAUGUAAGAAAUGUGACUAACAAUACUAAAACCUAGAGUUAUUCGAGUGUGCAGCUGCAUAUUUUGUGUUUUUAUAUUUCCUCACCCAGUUGAAAAAUUGCUUUUGAGCACUUCAGCUAAACUUAUUUUAAUAAUAUAAUUAUGAUUAAUGUGGGAGCAGUCAAAAAGAACAAGAGGUGAGGUGUUUUGUGGCAAAAACCAAAUGAAAACAGCUUUGUUUUAUGUUGUAUCAACUCUAAUGUUGUACUUUAUCUUGCUAAACCUAGGGCAUUUCUCCUUAAUUAUCAUUCAUAAAUAUAUAGGCACAUUUUAAGCAUCGAGUGUAUUUUUGUAAAGCUGUUUAAUCCUAUUCUGCUACCUACCCCACUAUCUAGCAUAGUUUAAACAACAUAUAAUUAUGAAAAACAUUUUUAUAAUUGCUCCCUUUGCCCAUUUCUAAAUCCUAGUAUGGGGAUUUUCAAAGUUAUUAUGUGUUGGUAUAUUUGUGCUAGUACAUUAUUCAUUAGGAUGGCUCUUUGCAGAAGUACUAAUAUUUUAAAGUGCAACACUUGUGUAGUUGGAAGGUUUUAGUAACAGUUAUAUCUUUCAGUAGUCUCUUAUCCCAGUAUAUACCAGGGGGAAAAGAGAGCAGUGUGGAAACCACAGGGAACGUGCAGUUGGACUGAGGGGACCCUUAACAGUAUUUUAAUCCAUCCACUUCCUUACUUGUUCCUGAGAAAUGGAAGCAUGUUGCUUUUUAUUUAUUAGCUGUUCGUAUAUUCCUAUGUUAUUUUCAGAUUGAGUUAUUUUUUCAAUUUAUUAGUGUUUUCAUAUUAUUUGCAAUUCUAUGGCCUUUAAAUACAGGACAUAUAUAGUAGAAUUCCUGACAUAUUUUAAAGUCUCUUAACACAUUUGAGAAGAAAAGCCAAACAAUUCUGUUGGAUUGUUUCCAGUCCUUUAUUUUUGUUCUGUUUCUUUGAAAAUUCAAGUGUUUUGUAUGCAUAGAAAAAGGACACACAAGUUUGGUCUGAACUGGAAAUUGGAAAGUUUGAAACUCAGGAAAUUGCUCUGACAAUGUCUUAACUGCUCUCAAUUUAAGAAAAUGACAAAAUGCGUAAAAAAAUACAAAAAUAAUGUUUGCUGUUGUUUUCCAAGUGCUUUUUCUAAGUGCUUUUCCAUUGUGCAAUGAGAUGAAGUUUGAUCAUUUUUUCUGUGCAGUGAUUAAAUAGUGUUUAUUUUAAAUUACAUGUAAAAGAAACAAAUUUAAAUGUUUGUGUGGCCAAAAAAAAAAGUAAAGUUUAUGUAGAAUGUUUGUUAAUGGUGCUUAUUUUUGAAAUGUAAUUCAAGUUUACAGUGUUACUUAAUGCUUCUUAAGAGAAUUUAAUAGAAACACAAGGCUAGACUACAUCUACAUCCUGAAGAGCCUUUUAGAACUUCCCAUUGUAUGAUGAGAAAUUUUAUGAUUUUCCAUAAAGUUGAGCAGUUGACUUUUAUGGUCCAAAUAAUGAACCUGUUAUUAACACAUAACUGAAUUAAUCGUGAAACUUCUCAUUAAAGUACAUCAUUGCAGCUAUCUGUUGGAGAACAUAUAAUAAAAAUUUCAAACAGUA